GAGGCAGAGCGACACAGGCACCAUCUGUCUGCUCCCAGAUAACUUCAGCCUUUUCCUGUGAACCGCAAGCAUCAGGACGGGAUUUGUAUUCCCAUCGAGGGCGUCUUCUGACCUCUGUGUGGAGUGGAUAGAUCCGAGCGGAUCUGCGUGUCAGGACGUGGAUUAUCCAGUGCAUGCAGUCGUGUCGUGCGUCUUGAAGGAGGCCGGUGUCUGGGUGUGUGGCAGGACGUUGCGCAGGUUCCCAUGAGGGUGUUUGAGAGCGGUGGGUGCUGGCUGACCCUCACCACGGGCUCGGACAGACAGUCAGCCGCUUACAUGGAGAAAAGACGCUGCAGUCCUUUCCCCUUAUGCUGGGCCGCAGAAUAUGACAGACACUUAGCGCACAGCAAAGGCAUGGCGACGGCAUACCUGGAGCCCAACCCGAACUACACCCUGGGCGGCGGGGCCAAGGCCCGUCUGAGUGCGGGGACGGAGCGGGCCCCUGGGGCCCCUGACAGGGUCUUGAAGGUCUUCCAUCACUUUGAGAAUAACAGCGAGCACAGCACCUGGUCCAGCAACAUCCGACAUGGAGACGCUACUGACGUCAGGGGAAUCAUACAGAAGAUCGUGGACAUCCAUAAAGUCAAACACGUGGCUUGUUUCGGGCUGCGGCUCACUCACGUCCCGUCGGGCGACAUCCACUGGCUCCACCCCGAUAUGGGCGUGUCCCACGUGAGGGAGAAGUACGAACAGAACCGCCCACAGGACGAAUGGAGGUAUGAACUGCGGAUCCGUUACCUGCCCAAGGGCUUCCUUAAUCAGUUUGCUGAAGACAAGCCGACACUGAGCUACUUUUAUCAGCAGGUGAAGAAUGACUACAUGCUGGAGAUGGCAGAUCAGGUGGAGCAGGAAAUUGCCCUGAAGCUGGGAUGUCUUGAGAUCAGGAGAUUCUACAGAGAGAUGAGAGGAAACGCUCUGGAUAAAAAAUCCAACUAUGAACUCUUAGAAAAGGACGUUGGACUCAGACGCUUCUUCCCCAAAAGUUUAUUGGAAUCGGUUAAGGCCAAAACGCUGAGGAAACAGAUCCAGCAAACAUUUAAGCAGUUCGCCAACCUGAACGACGAGCAGAGCAUGCUGAAGUUUUUUGAGAUCCUGGCACCCGUCUACAGAUUUGACAAAGAGUGCUUUCGCUGUGCUCUGGGGUCGAGUUGGGUCAUAUCAGUGGAUCUUGCUAUCGGUCCAGAAGAGGGAAUCAGUUACCUGACAGACAAGGGUUCCACGCCGACACAUCUGGCCAACUUCACCCAGGUGCAGAGCAUCCAUUACUCCUGCGUGGAGGAGAAGGAGAGGAAGGGCGUCUUACAGCUGGACGUGGCAGGAGCCGCCGAGCCUCUCACGAUCAGCACGCCAUCCUUCGCCACUGCUGAGAACAUGGCCGACCUCAUCGACGGCUACUGUCGACUGCUCAAUGCCGUCAGCCAGUCCUUCAUCGUCAGACCUCAGAAAGAGGGUGAGAGAGCUCUUCCAUCCAUUCCAAAACUUGCCAACAAUGAGAAGCGGCUCGAGGGGAUUCGGGCAGGAGUUCGUGCCAUCUCUGUUUCAGACUCGGUGGUUCAGACGCCCACCAAAGCUGCUAAAGCUCGACGCUUUCUCCUUCCGUUUGUCCUCUGUUCCCAUGAUUCUCCUCCUAAGGAAGAUGGUAGUGGAGAUGAAACAGACGACUACGCAGAGAUCAUAGAUGAGGAAGACACCUACACCAUGCCCUCUACCGAAUGCUAUGGAUUAGACGCAGCUCAGGACUAUGAGAUCCAGCGGGACAGAAUCGAGCUGGGACGGUGUAUCGGCGAGGGACAGUUCGGUGACGUCCACCAAGGGGUUUACAUCAGUCCGGAGAAUCCAUCAUUAUCGGUGGCCAUUAAGACGUGUAAGAACUGCACCUCUGACAGCGUGCGUGAGAAGUUCCUACAGGAAGCUCUGACAAUGCGGCAGUUCGACCAUCCGCACAUUGUGAAGUUGAUUGGAAUAAUAACUGAAAAUCCUGUCUGGAUCAUCAUGGAGUUGUGCACGCUUGGAGAGUUGAGGUCGUUCUUGCAAGUAAGGAAGUACAACCUGGACCUGUCCACGCUGAUUCUGUUCGCCUACCAGCUGAGCACAGCGCUGGCAUACCUGGAGAGCAAACGCUUCGUGCACCGGGACAUUGCUGCCAGGAACGUGCUGGUGUCUUCCACGGAUUGUGUGAAACUUGGUGACUUUGGUCUCUCCAGGUACAUGGAGGACAGUUCCUAUUACAAAGCUUCUAAAGGGAAACUGCCGAUUAAAUGGAUGGCUCCAGAAUCCAUAAACUUCCGUCGGUUUACCUCAGCCAGUGAUGUCUGGAUGUUUGGUGUGUGUAUGUGGGAAAUCCUCAUGUUCGGCAUCAAGCCCUUCCAGGGGGUGAAGAAUAAUGACGUCAUCGGGCGGAUAGAGAACGGCGAGAGGUUAGCAAUGCCCCCGAACUGCCCCCCGACCCUCUACAGCCUGAUGACCAAAUGCUGGGCGUACGACCCCAGCAAACGCCCGCGGUUCACUGAACUCAAGACACAGCUCAGCACUAUCCUGGAUGAGGAGAAGGCCCAACAGGAGGAGCGUUUCCGUAUGGAGAUGAGGAGACAGGUCACCGUGUCCUGGGACGCUGGCAAUUCAGACGAGGCGCCUCCUAAGCCCAGUCGACCUGGUUACCCGAGUCCUCGAUCCAGUGACGGAUAUUUCCCCAGUCCACAACAUGCCGGUCAGCACAAUCAUUACCAGGGGUCUGGAUAUCCCAGUGGACAUGUGCCCGGAGCGGGAUUCCCGCCGCAAGCCUCCGUCCUAGACCCACAUGAGACGUGGAACCAUCACAGACAGGAAGUUCCUGUGUGGUCUCCAAACAUGGAGGAUGGGGGCGCUCUAGGGCGGAGUCAGGCGAUGCCCACUGCCCACCUGAUGGAGGAAACGCUGAUGAAGCAGCAGCAGCAGAUGGAGGAAGACCAGCGAUGGCUGGAGCAGGAGGAGAGUUUCUUGAAGCCGGAGUCAAGGAACUCGAGGGGCAGUAUCGACCGGGAGGAUGGAGCUCUCCAGACCCCGAUGGGGAAGCAACACGUUUACCAGCCGGUUGGUAAAGCAGAUCAUGUGGCUCCUCCAAAGAAACCGCCCCGUCCCGGCGCUCCGAGUCACCUGACCAACCUGAACCCAGUGGACAGUUACAACGAGGGCGUCAAGCCCUGGAGGAUCCAGCCUCAGGAGAUCAGUCCACCUCCCACAGCAAACCUGGACCGCUCCAACGAUAAAGUGUACGAGAACGUGACGGGGCUGGUGAAGGCCGUCAUUGAGAUGUCCAGUCGGAUCCAGCCGGCCCCUCCGGAGGAGUACGUCCCUAUGGUGAAGGAUGUUGGACUGGCCCUCAGGACGCUACUAGCGACGGUGGACGAGACGAUCCCAGUGUUACCGGCCAGCACACACCGAGAGAUCGAGAUGGCUCAGAAGCUGCUGAACUCUGACCUGGCGGAGCUCAUCAGUAAGAUGCGUCUGGCGCAGCAGUACAUGUUGACCAGCCUGCAGCAGGACUACAAGAAGCAGAUGCUGACCGCGGCACACGCGCUCGCCGUCGACGCCAAGAACCUGCUGGACGUCAUCGACCAGGCGCGGCUGAAGAUGCUGGCUCACAACCGGCCGCACUAGUUCCUCCAGGAUGGCUGGAUCAUUACUGAGGGACGCGUCGCCACAGGAGGCCAAAAACACCUUUAAACGUUACAAAACAGAUGCUACAUAAACACUUUUAAUAGAGAUUCUUCACCAGGAGAGGAUAUUGCAAACAUAUUUUUGUUUUAUAACCGUUAGAAGCAUCAUGUUUGUUUUAUUUUGUAUCCAGAAAUGAAGUUCGUCUUUGUCGUCUUACUCAAACCUGCAACUGGAACCCAUUGAACUCUGAGCCGAGGUCGCGCUCGAGCUUCUCCAAUAAUCCAAAGGCUUAUCAACAUGUGAUUUUGUAUUGUGGAUAUGCUGAUCUCAGACUUCAGUGAUCGAGGUGCAUCGAGGGCUUGUGCUUCAAGCAACAUCCUCUGAGAAACUCAGGGGUUCGACGGCUGAAACGCUCUCAUGUACAGAACUCGCCACGACUCUAAAGCCAAACCACAGAUUUAACAGAUUUUUAAAGGAAUCACAGCUAUUAUAUAGAACUGCUUGACAAAGAGGGAAAAUCAAGUCGCUCCGACGUGAGCAUAAUAUUACGCCAGGGGCCGAAGCGAAUAUAGUCACAUAUCAGUCACUUGAAGCACAUAUUGGUAAAAUGAUAUAAUCAAAGCUGCCUUCUGAUUUCAUUUCAAGAAACUUUUAUUCUGUAAAAUCAUGUUGUUGUUUUUUACCACACACUAGGGUUGAAUCGACCCCUUUGAGUUUGAACUAGAGUUACUUUUGUGUACAGAACAAUCGUGAAAUCCAUUUUGUCAUUGAUAUAAAUUAUUCUCAGGAAGAAGCAACUGUACAGAUCUUUUAACUAAUAAAAUGUUAUCAUUAUCUUUA